CCCUGAUCAGCCCGUGUUCUUCCUGAGAGGAUUUUAACUUUAACUAUAACUUUAACUAUAACUGUGCCCCAGCUGCUCAACACGCAUGAUGGAGGAGACAGGACGGGGAGCCGAGGACUCCUCUGAGUCUUUGGAUGAGUUCCAGAUGGUUCUCAGUGAGCUGGUUGGGGACGAGAGCAUGGACAGGAUCAGGGCGGAGUACGAGAAGCUGAUCCAGGCUAUGAAGAAGUCGCGGGAGAAUGAGAAGAGGCUCAUGUCCAAAUGCAGGGAGCUGAACGCUGAGAUUGUGUCCAACUCAACUAAAGUCACAGCUGCUCUCAAACUGUCCCAGGAAGAUGAGACAACUAUCGCCUUACUGAAGAGGGAGCUGGAUAAAGCUUGGGAAAUGGUCAAUGCUGCUUAUGAAAAAGAGAAGAGAGAUAAAGAGACCAUUAGGAAUCUAAAAGACAACAUAGAAGACCUAACAAAACUUACAGAAGAACAAAAAGGCUUUUCUACGCAGCAAGAGCAGAGUGAUCUACUACAAAUGAACGAGGAGUUGACAAAGGAGCGGAAUCAGCUGCUGAUGUCUGUGGAGGGUCUGAGAGAAAAAUUAAAUAAAGCCACUGUCACCCAGCAGGAGAUAGAGGCCCAGAGACAGAGCGCUGUAGAGAACAUGUCUCAGCUCCAGCAGGAGCUUAUGGUUCAACAGAACGAGAUUUCCCGGGAAAUGAGGCUGAAGGAAAAGCUGGAUAAUGAGGUGAAGCGUCUGCACGUCGACAUGGAGGCGAAGACAGGUGACAUCAAAGCUCUGAAUCUACAAGGUCAAAGAGCCAAAGAGGAGCAGCUGAGACUGGAGCAGCAGCUGAAAGAGAUAAAGAUCCUGAAUGAGCGAUCUACCAAGGAGCUGGAGCAGGCACAGGUGAAGAACACCAAGCUGCAGCAGGAGUGUGAGCAGCUCUCAUCAGUCAAAGAGCAUCUCUCGCUGGAAAAUCAGCAGAGCGCUAAUGAGCUCAAGGUACACAUUUACCUUGAAUCUUCCCGAAAGCAAGUCGAGGCUGACAGGAAAGCCAUAGACGAGCUGAUCCGAGAGAGAGACAUCUUAAAUAAGAACAUGAUUAAAGCUACGCAGUCGACUGACAAACAGCAGAACCUUGUGAAGCUCCUCGAGCAGGACAAGAAGACGCUGGAACAUGAGAUCAGUGGAUACCGGCAGGAGGCCCAGAAGCAGCGCAAGAUCAUCCAACAGCUGGAAAAAGAGCGAGACCGCUACAUCAAUGAGACCAGCAGCCUCAUGCAGAAGGUGCAACAAAAAAUGACUGAUGUUGAAGUGAGAGAGCUGGAGAUAUUUGAUUGGAAGAAGAAGGUGACCGAGGCAGAGUGCAAGCUCAAACAGCAAGAGAACGUGCUGGAGUCUGUUGUGGCUGAAAGGAACCUCUACAGCAAAAACCUAAUCGAGGCUCAGGAAGAGAUUGCAGAGACCAAGAGGAAGAUGAAGACCAUGAACAACCAGGUCACCCGGCUGAGAGACGAGAUCACAGGGAAGGAGCUGGCCCUGGCCAAAGAUCAGCAGGAGCACAAGCGCUUAGAGAAGGAUAACGAGUCCCUCAAGGGGGAGCUGCAGUUGAUUAAGCUGCAGCUGGAGGAAACAAAGCAGCACGUUGAUAGUCAAAAAGCAGAGCAGCAGAAACUGCAGAAGAUUAUCGCCGAUGCUGAUGUUGAGCAAAUCCAACAGAAGAAACAGCUGGACCAGGUGAUCAGGGAGCGGGACAGCCUGGGAAAACAGCUGCUGCGCCGCAACGACGAGCGUGCCCUGCUGUAUGAGAAGAUCAGGAUCCAGCAAUCAAUCCUCAGCAAGGGCGACUUCCACUACAACCAGCGCAUGGACGACAUCCGUCUGCUCAACCUGGAGAUCAAGAGGCUCCGGCGCAAGAAGAGCAUCCUGGACAAGACAAUACCCAACACUGAGGACCUGAGGCGAGAGCUGUUCCACCUGCAGAGGGAGCUGCUCAGAGAAAGGACGAGAAACAGCGUCCUCCAGGAACAGCUGAAGCCCAUAAAUAUUCACCGGUGGAGGCGACUGGAGGGCAGUGACCCCGGCAAAUAUGAGCUCAUCCUGAAGAUUCAGUCCUUACAGAAGAGGCUUAUUUCCAAGACACAAGAGCUUGAGGAACAUGAACUCCUACUACAGGAAAAGGAGAAGCUGUACGUGGAGCUGAAGCACAUUAUGACUCGACACCCUGGUCCAGAGGCAGUUGAGCAGCUCCAGCAGUGUCAGUGGCUCCUCAGAGAGAGAACUACAAAGCUCAAGGUGUUGAUAGCAGAGCUGAGGAUGCUUGACUCAAAGAUGAAUGAGUACAAAAAUGAGAACCAGAGAUUGGCCAAUGAGCUUGCGAACAUCAAGAAGAAGUACCUCUGUCAGAAGAAGCUCCAGAGUGAGCUGAGGACCAAGACCAAGGUGGAGGAGCUGGAACGUCUGCCUCAGCUGAGCAGCAAACCUCACUUCACUGGAGGAGGCUUCAGGAUUGACAACCCUGUGAAAAGAUGAGCGAUAAUGUGACAGAUUAUCUCGUAAUUCAUUUAUUUUAAACCUUUUUAAUCAUUUCAAAUAAAAACAAAAUGACUCUUCAUCCCAG